AUGUCAGCACAACUCUCAGUCAGUGUAUCAGGACAGAUACGUUCUUGCACAGUAAAGAACUCUUCUGACUUAUUCUGCAAGUUUGCCUUUCAAGCUGGCCACGAAUGGACUAUUAUUUCGGGAAUUGAUGAUGGUGUUACACAAGGAGCACGUGCAAAUCUAGAUAACGUCGCAAUAUGGAAUUACCCAAUCGAUAUUAUAUUUCAAGCGCCAAGACCUUCUGGCUGGCCUCAGUUAAUUGUUGCAGUAUAUGGUGAAAAUACAUUUGGUAAUGAAACAGUCAUAGGAUAUGGUGCAGCCUAUGUUCCUAUGCAACCAGGUGUUCAUGAUGUUAACAUACCUUUAUUCACACGCGUACCUUCAACAUUCACACAAAAAUUCGCUUCAUGGUUCACAGGUUCAAUGCCAGAAACCAUUCAAUUUAAUUUAAUAGCUGGUGGAGAUUCCAGAGAAAUUAUUAAAACAGAAUCAAACGGUUUUAUUUCUGUUCAAUUCAAUACAAUCUUAACCGGAUUAAAUAAACUCGAUCUGAUUGUCAAAUCGUAA